CAAUGCCUGAAUAUAUAAUUGAACUGGAAAUACCCCGAACUGAUGUUUCCUCUCUGUCAAAAUUUUAUGGAAAAGAGGUUGCUUUCUUUUCAGAUCGGGCUGGAACUGUCACUUUAGAUAAAGAACAGUUCGACUUCUACUCUUUCUCUCCUCCGAAUAGUAAAUGUUUUGCUAACCCGUUUGGAUGGAACACAAAGCUCGGAUAUAAAAACUAUACGCCCAAAAUUUUCAAAUCCCAUGAAAGUACUAUUGACAACUUUCUCAAGUCCUUGGUCCAAAUUUCCAAGGUCCAAAAUUCUGGCGUGAAUCUUUCAUGGUACAAGGUAUUUUGUCCCUCGUCGUUUUUUCAAUAUGUUUCCGUUAAGCGCCAAUCUGGGUUCUACAUCAUGUGGUAUAACAACCGGUAUAUCAUUGCAAACAAUGAGACUAGAGAGGGGCAGAAUGUCUUAAUGUCCUAUGCUGGGAUCCGAUUUGAAGAUCUUCUGACGCAUGGAACGUCCCAAAAGACGAUAAAUAACUACAAUCUAUACCAGAGUGUUAUUGAAACGAAAAUUGAUGGUAUGAGCUGCCUUUAUUGUGCAGAAAUUGACUCCUAUGACAAAGAAAGUGGAGCAUACACUGAAAUCAAGAUGAUACUAUGCAAGUCCAAUAUACCACAUGCCAAGACUACAAACAAAAAGUCAGUACUGGAGUCAUUGUCAAAAGGUAAUGUGCACUUUGGUAGUUUUUUAUUUCGGUUGUUGAUCCAAUGCAAAUUUGCUAAUGACCUUAAAGUGGUGAUAGGUAUAAGGGACCAAAGUUUCACUAUUCGAAAUAUCACAGACUUCUCUGUUAAAGAUGACUUGCUUCCGUUUUUCCAUCAACUAUACCCUGAUUAUUAUGAAAAAUACAUGGCAGCUGUAGAUUUGAUAAGAAGAGUAUUCCAUACAAUCACCAAGCGGGUCACCAGAGAAAAUCCUGUUUUUUACUUGGAGAUAGGUUCUCAAUAUAUAUUGAAGUCUGUAGAUUCGAUGAAUGAGAGGUGUCGAAUACUAAAGCGAUUUGUGCCAACCGAAUUCAUAAAUCUGAUCGACAGUUUUGAUUAAUCUUAUGCUUUAUUAGAAUGGUGAGGUUUUAUACAAUAUAUAAAUAAAUGCGUAAACAUGCUGUAUUUUCUUUAGUUCUAUGUAAAAUCGAGAUUUUGGGUUCUUCC